AUGUGCGAUACGGGUUUUGUCAAGGCAACUGCUAGUAAUCUACCGACCAUAGACAUAUUUAUGGUCACAGAAUUUUUAAAAGCAGACGAUCGAUUUAAUGCUGCAGAAGUUCGGGGUGCCAAAGCAUCAAUGGCAUGUCGCGAAAGUUAUGGAGAUAAAGCUAUAGGUUAUGUACAGCUGAAGCGAGAAGGAAACAUCUGCACCGUUAAAUGUCGCGUAUGUCCUGAACAUAAAGUUCGAAGUAAGGCUUAUGUGGCGACAAUAACUAUAAACGAAAAAGAUAAUGAAAUUCAGAAUGUCCAGUGUCAUGAUUGUGCUGCUGCGACAGGUGGAUGUAAGCAUGCCCUGGCAUUCCUCAUGUGGUUACAUCGACGAAGCGAAGACCCUGCUCCUACAGAAGUGGAAUGUUAUUGGAAAAAAUCUCGGUUAUCCGGUGUAGGAACUGCUAUUAAAUAUAUCGAAUCGAAGGAUCUAGGAAACCAAGACUCAAGAUCGGUGUUGAGUCAUCCUCCAAAUAAUGAGACAUUCUUGCAAAAAGUACUCGAUAUAGCCCAGGCGCAACAAAUUGAUGGCCAGAUUUCAAGAAUAUCCUUUCAAUUGAUUGGUGAAAGAACCAGUAACUUAUCAAUGCACAGAUUAGCUCUUCAGUUUUAUUCACAUGAAUCUCCUCAAUGUAAAUCAGUAGGCGAUUUUCUAACUCUUUGCACUAAUGAAAUGACGAAAGACUUGUGUGAUGAAGCUCAAGUGAUUACAAAAGAGCAAAGUAAUUGCCCAUUGUGGUACGAUUUGAGAUAUGGAAGAAUCACAGCAUCUAAACUACACGAAUCAGCUCACUGCAAGACAGAUAAUGGGUCACUUGUAAAUCAAAUUAUUGGAGUAUCCAAGAUACAUGAAACAAAUGCGAUGCUACGUGGAAAGAAACUAGAAAAGGAUGUGUUAGAGCAAAUUCAAAGUCUAUUGCAGACAAAUAUUCAAAAUGCAGGACUUUUUCUCCUACCCGAAUUUCCCAUUUUGGGAGCAUCACCUGAUGGAUUAACGAAACAAUAUAUUGUGGAGAUAAAAUGUCCUAUGAAUGAAAAAUCUUUCAACAGAUUUCUCUCCAAUGGUGUAAUCAAUCCUCGCUGCAUCGCACAAAUGCAGCUACAAAUGUUAUUGACUGACAGAAAAAAAGGAUUAUUUUGUGUUGCUGAUCCAUCCUUCGAAACUACCAAACAAGUUCAUAUGCAGUGGCUUGAAUUCGAGGCAGCAGCAACACAAGAUUUGAUUCAAAAAGCUACAUUAUUUUGGACCAAUAAUGUAUUUCCUAAGAUAAUGUCAUCUGUACAGAAAUAA